AUGAUUAAGGAGCUCAAGACCGGAUCCCUUUGGCGAGCCGUAAUCGCCGAGUUGGUUGGAAUGACACUUUUUGUUUUUAUAGGGAUAGCAUCUGCCAUUGGGACUGCAGGCGAAGCUGGGCCUGAACAGGAAGUAAAGGUAGCACUAGCAUUUGGGCUGGCCAUCGCCACACUGGCUCAGAGUUUGGGCCACAUCAGCGGAGCACAUCUUAACCCUGCCGUCACUGUCGGCGUGAUGGUCAGCUGCCAGAUCAGCGCUAUUCGUGCACUUUUAUACAUUUUAGCCCAGAUGUUCGGUGCAGUCCUGGCCAGUGGCAUCGUUUAUGGCAUUCGUCCUAAAGAUGUCAAAGCUCUGGGGCUCAACAAGGUUGCUGAAAAUAUGACUGCGGGUAAAGCUUUCGGCGUGGAAUUCCUGGCCACCUUCCAGCUGGUGUUGUGUGUCUUAGCCGCAACGGACAGCCGCCGGAAGGACGUGAAGGGAUCAGCACCACUUGCCAUUGGACUUUCUGUGUGUUUGGGACACUUGGUGGCAAUCAGCUACACCGGCUGUGGCAUCAAUCCUGCUCGCUCCUUUGGCCCUGCUGUCAUUAUGAAGUCCUUUAAGACACACUGGGUGUUCUGGGUGGCACCAAUGUUGGCUGGAGUAGCAGCUGCUCUCCUCUAUGAUUUCUUGCUGUGUCCUCACAGCGUGCCCUAUACUAAACGCCUCAAAGCCAUUAGAGGAGAGCCGACAUCAGAAACGGCAAGGCUUCCCGAGCCGUCUGGCAGCGAGGAGCCACAGUGGCCCACACGCUAAAUACUCCAACUGUAUCAUCUCAGAGUUAUAUAAACACCUCACUGAAGAGCUUUUCUACCAACUUGUUGUACUGUAUGUAUGU